AUGCCAGUGACAUACACAACCAAUGUUGCAGAAGUGAAACAAACAAUUGAAAACAACAAGAACGUUCUUGUCAUCUUCUACUCUCCUGAGUGUGCAAAGUGCAAGGCAAGUGCGCCAAUGAUGGAUAAACUUGCUGACGAACACACAAACCUCAAGUUCUUCAAAGUAGAUGCAACUACAGCAACUGAUUAUGCUGCUGAAUACUCGAUUGCAUCACUUCCCACAUUUGUCUUUUUCCAAAACCAGAAAGUCGUGAAAAAGGCGCCUGGCAGCUCUGAAGUACUUGAAGAGAUUCUCAAAAUGGUGCAGUAA